GUCCUCUUCUCGUUUAAUCACCAUCACCUUCUGGCAACCUUGUGCUGACGUUGUACUGUCCAACAUGAUGCGAAUUGGCCUUUCACGAGGCAUACCGCAUAGCCUUCCAUUGGCACGAUUGCCCGUUCAACAGCAAAGAAGUGUUGCACGUUUGGCUUUAUCUCGUUCAAAGCUGACAGGACAAAGAGCUUCGAUUCGUUACACAUCUACUGCUGCUCCUCCUCCUACUCCUCCGCCAACAGCACCUCCAUUGCCUCCUCCACGUCGUCCAGGAUUCUUUGCACGUCAUCCGGCAAUCAAAUGGACAUUGUUCGGAGCAGGAUCAAUCGUGUUUGGUUUAAGUUCAACGGUGUUGAUCAUUUUGAGUUAUGAUGCAUUUACGUACAAAGAAGCACAUGUGGAUAAAGUACCUUUGACUCCAUUGGCAAUGCAUCCAACACCGGGAGGACCAAAUAAUCUACCGAUCUUGAGUCACUUUGUCGAUGAAACAGUAGACGUUCUACCUGAAUCCAAAAAGAAGGAACGUUUGGUCAUCGUCGGUGGAGGUUGGGCAUCCGUUGCUCUUUUGAUGAACCUGAAUCCGGAUGAAUAUGAUGUUGUUCUCGUUUCUCCAAAUAACUUCUUCUUGUUCACGCCUCUCUUACCAAGUGCAACCGUUGGUACAGUUGAACCACGUACGCUAGUAGAACCUUUGCGAAAGAUCUUGGCAAGAGUAAAGGGACACUACAUUCAAGGCCGUGCUGUUGAUGCAGUGAUGGGAUCCGCAUUGCCAUCUACUCAAGGUGGUGAGGAUCGCUUAUUGGAAGUGGAAGUUAUUGACGGACAUACACCCGAUGAAGCUUCUAGUAUCGAUGGCGCUUCAAAUCACCUCGGCAAGCAUGUAUAUAUCCCGUACGAUCGCUUGGUCGUUGCGGUUGGAGCAGUAACCAACGAUCACGGCGUCCCCGGAUUGGAGAAUUGUUUCCACUUAAAGACCGUACAGGAUGCACGCAAGAUUCGCAGUCAUAUUCUGGAUAAUUUGGAAAUCGCUUCUUUGCCCACAACGACUCCCGAAGAACGUGAUCGUCUGUUGAGCUUUGUCGUUUGUGGUGGUGGUCCAACGGGUGUUGAAACGGCAGCAGAAAUUCACGAUAUGUUGGACGAAGAUAUUCUGAAAUUGUUCCCUAAACAAUUACGUGCGUCAUCGGAAGUACAUUUGAUUCAAUCAAGAUCUCACAUUCUCAACACGUACAGUGAAGCAAUUUCAGAGUAUGCAGAAAAGAAAUUCUCUCGUGAUGAUGUGAACGUGAUCACGAACGCAAGAGUGAAGAGAGUGGAACCAGAUAAGGUUAUCUACACAAUCAAAGAUGAAGAUGGAAAUUUGACAGAGAAAGAAGUACCUUCUGGCUUUACACUUUGGUCAACGGGAAUUGCCAUGUCUCCGUUCACACGUAAAUUGACGCAUCUUUUGCCCAAUCAAUCUCACUUGAAGGCAUUGCAAGUUGAUAGCCAUCUUCGUGUUCGUGGUGCACCUUUAGGAAGCAUGUAUGCUAUGGGAGAUUCAAGUACGGUGGACACUCAUCUGAUCGAUUAUAUUUAUGACUUUGUGGAUCAAUGCGAUACUGAUCAUGACAGCAAGCUCAACUUUAACGAAUUCCAAGUCUUUGCACAAUCGAUCAAACGUAAAUUCCCGUUGGCAUCUAAACAUUUCAACAAAUUACAAGAAACGUUUGAAAAAUACGAUAAAGAUCGUGAUGGCCAUCUAGAUUUGAACGAGAUUGCGGAAAUGUUGUUGGAAACACAAAACAAGAUGACUGCUCUUCCUGCAACUGCACAAGUUGCAUCGCAACAAGGAAAUUACCUCGGUAAGAAGCUAAACAAGCUGGCCAAGGUGCGUAAUGAGGGAAGGGACAUGAACCCGCACGACGAGUCGGACGUGUUUGACCUAGAUGAUCAAGUUUAUGAUCCGUUCCAAUACCGCAAUUUGGGUUCUUUGGCUUAUAUUGGGAAUGCGGCUGCAUUUGAUAUUCCACUUCCCGGACCCUUACAACCUAUCGGAUCUUUUGCUGGUGGAUUAGUUGCAAUGUAUGCUUGGAGAUCUUUCUAUCUAUCUGAAGCAGUUUCAACACGGAUGAAAAUUUUGCUUUUAUCAGAUUAUAUCCGUCGUGGCCUUUUUGGUCGUGAUGUUAGUAGAAUCUAGAAUAUUCUAAAUGCUGUAUGUAUAUUAUUCUUUGCUUUAUUAAAUAUUAGACAAUUGCUUUAACCAUCA